AUGAUGAACGGCUGGGACGAGAAGCACGCGAUGGACGAGGAUGCCUUUGGGGCGAAGGGGAACAUUGUUAGCGCUUUUGACGCCUUCCCCAAGGCGAAACCUCAGUAUGUGACGCGGACGUCAGGCGGCGGCAAGUGGACGGUCGCAAUGGCUGUUAUAUCAGUCUUCCUGUUCUGGACCGAAGUCGCUCGAUGGUGGCGCGGCACAGAGACGCAUAACUUCGCUGUUGUUGAGGGAGUUGGACACGAGAUGCAGAUUAACAUGGACGUCGUCGUGCGGAUGCACUGUGACGAUCUUCACAUCAAUGUGCAGGAUGCCGCAGGUGACCGCAUCCUCGCGGCCAGCAAGCUGACUCGCGACAAGACGAACUGGUCUCAGUGGGUUGACAACAAGGGCAUUCACCGUCUGGGCCGGGACAGUAAGGGCAAGAUCGUUACCGACGCCGGAUGGCACGAUGAGGAGGGAUUCGGUGAAGAGCACGUUCACGAUAUUGUUGCCAUCGGAAAGAAGAGAGCGAAAUGGGCGAAAACACCCAAGCUUUGGGGAGAAGGCGACAGCUGCCGCAUUUAUGGUAGUUUAGAUGUGAACAGAGUGCAGGGUGACUUCCACAUCACAGCUCGAGGUCACGGAUAUAUGGAAUUUGGAGAUCAUCUCGAUCACGCUGCCUUCAACUUCUCGCACAUCAUCUCGGAGAUGUCUUUCGGCCCAUUCUACCCGUCACUUGUCAACCCCCUGGACCGAACUGUCAAUCUUGCCAGGAUUAAUUUCCACAAGUUCCAGUACUACUUGUCUGUGGUUCCUACCGUUUACACCGUUGGCAAGUCUGCUUCUGCCUCCAACACCAUCUUCACGAACCAGUACGCUGUCACUGAGCAAAGCAAGGAAACCGACGAUCACAACAUCCCCGGCAUCUUCUUCAAGUACGACAUCGAACCUAUUCUGCUGUCAGUGGAGGAAUCCAGAGACGGUAUUCUGCAGUUCCUGAUAAAGAUUGUCAAUGUCGUGAGCGGCGUACUCGUAGCCGGGCACUGGGGCUACACGCUUAGUGAGUGGUUCAAGGAGGUUAGGGGUAGGAGGAGAGAGCGGAGCGAGGGCUUCAUUGGUACGAAGAAUUCAGAGUACGACCAGUAG